AUGUCUAGUGCUUUUCUCGUUUGCUGCUUGAUAAUCACGGGGGCCCAUUUGAUAUUAGCCGAUAACGAAGAGAAACGUGGAUCGGCCCAAGCACCUACAAUUAGGAAACUUGGAAAACACGAUUCAGGCCCAAGCCCGAGCCCGAGUACUCAUGAAGGUGUGAAGAACGAGGAAAGUGCGGUGGCCGAGCAAGAAGAGGAGUUGGAAAAACACCACGGCCACCACCACCACCACCACCGGGCAGAUAAAUCGAUUGCCGGUGGUGGGGUGAUUAUUGGAGGUUUAGUCACCAUCUUUCUAGCGGCGAUUUUCUGUUAUCUCCGAGCGACCAGAAGGAGAACUGUUGUUGAACCGACCGGUUCACCUACCAAUACACCUCGUAGGGAAAAGGAAAGUGUUGAAUGUGGGCAUAGUCGAGGAAUCCAAAAUUUGCUGCCGUUGUCCCUCCUCUGCCUGAGGCCUGCCGCAGCACUACUUGAGUCGGGUUCCAACGAGUCGGGAUUGGGCCUCUUCUUUUACGCCUCUUCUGAGGCCUUGCGGGAAUGUGUUUGGGUUGGCGCUUGCCGCUCGCCAUUGUCCCAGCUAAGGUUGGGUCACCGGUUGUCAGCUCUAGGCCCAUAG